UGAGCAGAACGCCUCCCCACGUGGCCAACACCCACUUCUGCUUUUUGCUCAGUUUUAGUGAGCGUUACAUCAAGUCACACUUGUCUAGUUCUGCAGAGUGGCACAAAGACAGAAAGACUUUUCAAUAUGACUGACAGCUCUCUUCUUGUCAACGUGAAGAAAUGGAUUGCAGAGAACCAGCAUGCUUUUAAUCCACCGGUGUGCAACAAGCUCAUGCAUUUCAAGCAAUUAAAUGUAAUGUUUGUUGGAGGUCCUAAUACGAGGAAAGAUUAUCACAUAGAAGAAGGAGAAGAGCUGUUCUACCAGGUGAAGGGGGACAUGUGUCUGAAGGUGAUUGAAAAUGGUAAACACAAAGACGUGCACAUCAGAGAGGGAGAGAUGUUCCUGUUACCUGCGAGGAUACCCCACUCCCCCCAGAGACAGGCCAACACCGUGGGGCUGGUGGUGGAGAGGAGGCGACUGUUGACUGAGACAGACUGCCUAAGGUAUUAUGUGGACAACACAACUGACAUAUUAUUUGAGAAAUGGUUUUACUGUGAAGAUCUGGGAUUCCAGCUAGUUCCAAUCAUCAAAGAGUUUAUGGCAUCGAAGCAGGCCAAAACAGGAAAACCAGAUCCCGACGAGGUGUUCAGGGAGCCUCCGUUCCAGAUGAACACCAUGAAUGUGAUGUCGCCCUUCUUCUUUAAAGAAUGGCUCGACAAACAGAGGGCGUCCCUGGCCAGCGGAGGUCCCAUCGACCUGUUUGGAGCUCAGUUUGAGACAGAGGCGAUGGUGUUUGGACCCGGGCUGACACUGACCACGACUCGACAAAGUGAUGUGUGGAUUUGGCAAAUGGAGGGAUCAUCCAGGGUCACUAUGAAUGACCAGGAGUUCACUCUUGGAGAAGGAGACAGUUUGCUCAUUCCGGAACAGAACCAGUACAAGUGGGAGAGAGAUGACGGAACUGUUGUACUGUUUGUGGUUCAAAACCCUGAGAGGAAAAGAUCCUAAUCGACACUUCCACACAACAGAAGAAAAGACUCACAAAAACAAUAUCUGACAUGAAGGUAGAUGUAAUGAGAUGCAGAAUGGAAUAUCGUUGACACUACACCACGCACAUGUAAUGACGUAAAAGUAUAUUCAUUUGAUCCUUUCUCAGGAAUGACGCACAUAGGUUUAGUCAUUAAAAUUAACUGUGAAGUGCACUUUAGAAAUAAUUUUCACUAUGUAUGUAACUUUUUUGUUUUUGAUGUUCACAGAAAUCAAAUAAACACAUGAAAGGAUU